AUGGAAGAGGAAAAUAAGACAGUGGUGACUGAAUUUGUUCUCACAGGACUUACAGAUAUUCCAGGUCUACAGGUCCCCCUGUUCCUGGUGUUCUUGGCUAUAUACUUCACCACCAUGGUGGGCAACCUAGGGCUCAUCUACCUCAUCUGGAAGGACCCUCAUCUUCACACCCCUAUGUAUUUAUUCCUGGGAAGCUUAGCUUUUGCAGAUGCCUGUUCUUCAUCCUCUGUGACUCCCAAGAUGCUUGUGAAUUAUUUAUCUAAGAACCAUGCAAUAUCUCUCUUUGAGUGCAUGGCUCAAUUUUAUUUUUUUGGUUCUAGUGCCACCACAGAAUGCUUUCUGCUGGUAGUGAUGGCCUAUGACCGCUUUGUGGCCAUCUGCAACCCCCUGCUUUACCCAGUGGUGAUGUCCAAAAGCCUCUGUACUCAGCUUAUCAGUGUUUCGUAUUUGAUUGGUUUUCUACAUUCAGCAAUCCAUGUGGGUUUGUUAUUUAGAUUAACUUUCUGCAGGUCCAAUGUAAUACAUUAUUUCUACUGUGAAAUUUUGCAACUGUUUAAAAUUUCUUGCACUGACCCCACAGUUAAUACCCUUACAGUUUUUAUCUUUUCUGCUUUUAUACAAGUCUUCACCUUUAUGUUCAUCAUGGUCUCUUACACCUGUGUUCUCUUUGCCAUCCUAAAAAAGAAGACUGACAAGGGUAUGAGCAAGGCCUUCUCCACAUGCAGUGCCCAUCUGCUCUCUGUUUCCUUGUUCUACGGCACUCUCUUCUUCAUGUAUGUGCGUCCUGGGUCUGGUUUUGCUAAAGAGCAUAACAAAAUGUAUUCUUUAUUUUACACUAUAAUAAUUCCUCUGCUAAAUCCUUUUAUAUAUAGCCUGAGAAACAAAGAGGUUAUAGGUGCAGUGAGAAGAAUAAUGAAGAAAUAA